AUGGCAACGAAUCUCCCUCCACCGGCCGGCUCCCCGCCUCAGAGUGUGGAAAAGAUCACUCAAAUAGCUCAAGAUUAUGAAUACAACCCCUCAGUGCCCCUCCGAUAUUGGCUGCGGACUGCAGCAACGCUCGCUCACAUUUACGAACGAGAAGGACAUGACGAGCAGACCUAUCUACUUUUAUUUCGACACGCCCAGCUGGUACUGGUCCAUCUGACCAGUCACCCCGAUGCCAAAGAUGAAGCAAACCGCAAAGGCUUAAUGGAGGCCGAGAAGGAAGUGAGCCGGAACCUCAAAAAACUGGAGACCCUGAAACCCCGCAUCAACAAACGUUAUGAACGCUACACACAAUUGAUGCGGGAUCGCCAAUCUCACAGCCCGCCUCGUGGAGCGGUUCAUACCUCUCCCAGCGACCGACAGCCGCAUGAUCCAGCCCUGGCGGGAGUCGCCGAACCCUUAGAGGCCGGUGAAAAUCGAGACUUGGCCGUGAAGUUGGCAAGGACCGAAAUCAGUCGACGGGCCACCGUGCGGAAAGCCUUCCGGCAGGCAGGGGUGUCCCCGGAGGAAGAGAAGCAGCGCCGGGCGGCCGGUGUCUGGGGGAAUUGGGAAAGUGCCUUGCAUCAAAACGGUGCGGAUGCCGACAAUGACUUGAGUCGGCGGAUCCAAAAUGUCCGGGUCAAUAUGGGCGAGGGACAACGGCCAGACCACCGCGUGCCAACCGCAAAACAAUCCAUCGCUCUGCCACCGUCAACGACAGCCGCCACAUCGGCCUACAAAUACCCGACCGUGCCUCGCCAGAAACCUCUGGAGUAUUCGCCGCCUCCGCCCCCCAAGGCCUCUCGUGACGGGAUACGCCCCCUUGAAGCGCCUAUACUUCCUCCCAAGGAGAGUUUCGAACCCGCAUUGAAGAGACCGUCACCACCUCCCUUGCCUGACAAGAUAUCUUCAGUAAUUACAACCACCCCGCCUGUUCCAGCGAAAACGCCGCCGGUGGCGGGUAAUGAUGCCCACCCUGAGCUCAAUCCCUCCAGCUUCACCUUCAAGCCGUCUGCCUAUCUCGAGAACGGCACUCCUCUCCGUACGGUCUUUCUACCGCCAGAGCUACGGACUCGUUUCUUAGAUUUGGCCUCUUCGAACACACGGCGCAACCUGGAAACCUGUGGUAUCCUCUGCGGGACACUGAUCUCCAACGCUUUGUUUAUCUCAAGACUCCUCAUCCCAGAGCAAACGUGCACGUCAGACACGUGCGAGACCGUGAAUGAAUCGGCAAUAUUUGACUACUGUGACUCGGAAGAUUUAAUGGUGCUUGGCUGGAUCCACACGCAUCCGACGCAGACAUGUUUCAUGAGCUCGCGAGAUUUGCACACCCACUGUGGAUACCAAGUCAUGCUGCCCGAAAGCAUUGCUAUCGUUUGCGCCCCCAGUCAAACACCGGAAUGGGGUGUCUUUCGACUGACAGAUCCCCCGGGCCUGAAGUCGAUAUUGAGCUGUACACAGAGUGGAUUAUUCCAUCCUCAUCCCGAAACUCAUAUCUACACCGAUGCCCUUCGACCGGGGCAUGUUUUCGAGGCUAAAGGGCUGGAGUUUGAGACGGUCGAUCUACGGCCUGAAGGAUCAUAG